GCGUCCUCCCGGAAGUGACGUAAUAAUCGCGGCCACCGCCAGGUGGAAACGGCAGGUGGGUUCAGGUGCCAGCCUGGCCCGGGCCCGGCUCUGGGACUGACUCUUCCGGUCAUCGACACCGGCAGCUCCCAGGGGCCUGGAGACCCGUGGGCCGGGCUCUGGCAUCUGAGCUCAUCGCCCUGGCCUGGAGUUCUCCUCCCCUGUACCUAGUAAGGAUCACCUACCCACCUCCGCCACUCCGAGACUCCCCCUCUCCGAGUCCAGGGGAGAGGAGGAGGCACCUGCCGUGCAGGUCGGCGGCGGUCGGGAGAGCUCGGGCUGGCACCUAGGCAGUUCGGUCCCCUGAAGCCCCUGCUCCUUUCUCUCCCGGAUCCAGUUCCCCAUUCCCCCACCGAGCUGGGCAGUUAGCCAGCCCACCUCAACUCUCGGAACCAUGUUUGCAGACUUGGAUUAUGACAUCGAGGAGGAUAAACUUGGGAUCCCCACUGUGCCUGGGAAAGUGACCCUGCAGAAGGACGCUCAGAACCUGAUCGGCAUCAGCAUUGGAGGGGGGGCCCAGUACUGUCCCUGCCUCUAUAUCGUUCAGGUGUUCGACAACACCCCCGCAGCCCUGGAUGGCACCGUGGCUGCUGGCGAUGAGAUCACUGGUGUCAAUGGCAAGUCAAUCAAAGGGAAGACUAAGGUGGAGGUGGCAAAGAUGAUUCAGGAGGUGAAGGGGGAAGUGACCAUCCACUACAACAAGCUUCAGGCGGACCCCAAGCAGGGCAUGUCCCUCGACAUUGUGCUGAAGAAGGUCAAGCACCGGCUGGUGGAGAACAUGAGCUCAGGCACGGCUGAUGCCCUGGGCCUGAGCCGGGCCAUCCUGUGCAACGAUGGGCUGGUGAAGAGGCUGGAGGAGCUAGAGCGGACGGCUGAGCUGUACAAAGGGAUGACAGAACACACCAAGAACCUCCUCCUGGCCUUUUAUGAGCUGUCACAGACCCACCGGGCCUUUGGGGACGUGUUCUCUGUGAUCGGGGUGCGGGAGCCCCAGCCAGCAGCAAGCGAGGCUUUUGUGAAGUUCGCAGACGCGCACCGCAGCAUUGAGAAGUCCGGCAUCCAGCUGCUGAAGACCAUCAAGCCGAUGCUGACGGACCUGAACACGUACCUCAACAAAGCCAUCCCCGACACACGGCUCACCAUCAAGAAGUACCUGGACGUGAAGUUCGAGUACCUGUCCUACUGCCUGAAGGUGAAGGAGAUGGACGACGAGGAGUACACCUGCAUUGCGCUGGGCGAGCCGCUGUACCGCGUGAGCACCGGCAACUACGAGUACCGCCUGAUCCUGCGCUGCCGCCAGGAGGCGCGCGCGCGCUUCUCGCAGAUGCGCAAGGACGUGCUGGAGAAGAUGGAGCUGCUGGACCAGAAGCACGUCCAGGACAUCGUGUUCCAGCUGCAGCGCUUCGUGUUCACCAUGUCCAAGUACUACAACGACUGCUACGCGGUGCUGCGCAGCGCCGAUGUGUUCCCCAUCGAGGUGGACCUGGCCCACACCACCCUGGCCUACGGCCCCAGCCAGGGCGAGUUCACCGACGGGGAGGACGAGGACGAGGAGGAGGGCCAGGCAGCCAAAGAAGCUGCCCAAAACACGCGCGGGGCUGCCGGGCCGCUGGACAAGGGCGGGAGCUGGUGUGACUCCUGAGCUCACCGCCCCGGGCCGGAUGGCGGGGGUCAGCCUCAGAAAGGCCUGCGGGCCUCCGACUUCUCCGUCCUGGGCGCAGUGGGCCCGGGCUCCUGCUGGACAGCACCACCCCUUUCUCCGGCCUGCUCAGUCCAGGGAGCGCGUGGCCUCCGGACCUCUCUAGGAGGAAGCAAGAGGGCCGGAGGGGGCAGCAGUGCAGGGCCGGUCCUGUGGGCGCCUCCCGGGGCCCCUCGCCCUGGCAGCCAGGUGGCUGCGGGGCUGGAGCCUGCGUUUGCGCCUUACCCACCCAGGCCACAGGCACCUAGCAGCCUUUAUUUAUUUUGUUCCCCCUGCUCCGCGCCUCUGGAGAAGGGCUGGGCCGGGGCCUGUACUGAAUGAAUAAACUCGGACGAUGGAGCUGCUGGCUCUGCAGGAUCUGA